AUGCUGCUGACGCUCGGCCGCCGUCUCGUGCGCACGCAGGUCGAAAACAAGGAGUGCGUCAUCAUGAUCCUGCCCCUCUUUCUCCCCGCGGUGGUUACGAACCCAGCCAACCCCGUCCCGGCCGAGCGUUUCCCGACGUUUGCCAGCAUUCCGCAGCCAACCCUGAACUCGGAGACCUCCUUCUCCAAACAGUGCUCCGCAUCGGGCGGCGAGGGGAGCGCGCAGGCCGACGCACCCUACUUUGCCCCCGGGGGCGCGUACGGGGCUCGCUGGUCAAACUGGCAACAAAGCUUCCGCACGUGCGUGCCUUGGCUCAUGCCUAGUAGCGACGAGGACCUCGCAGAGAUCCUCGAGUAUGCACAGGCUCACAACUACACAGUCCGGCCGGGCGGUGCGACCGGCACGCAGUUUGCGGCGGUGACCGACGGCACCGACGAGAACACGAUCGUGGUCUCGCUUGCCAAUUACACCGCGCCUAGCAACUGGGAGUACGAGCUCAACGAGCCCGCUUCCACCGUGCGUGUUAACGCGGGCUGGAGCGAGUUCAAGCUCUACUCUCGCAUCCGGCCCGCAGGCUACACGCUUCCGACGCAGACGGCGCUCCCGAUCUUCCAGCUGGGCGGGAUGGUCGCGAACAGCGUCCAUGGCGGCGUCUAUGAAGCGUCCUUUGUCAGCAAGAACAUUAAGAGUCUCCGCGUGAUGACGGCGGAUGGGGUCAUACACCACAUCACCUCAGAAUCUGAGCUUCGCAUGUGGCGCAACUCGUACGGCCUGCUCGGAAUCAUCACGGCGAUCGAGUUCGCGCUGCUUUCCGUCUCUGCCUUCCAGGUGAUCUACGUGAGCCGCUCUUUUCCAUGGAGCGAGGCCAACUUCUGGGACUUUGUAGUGUCCGACGCCAUGGCUGGCCUCCAGCCGCCCGGCGCAGCGGCUGGGAGCCAAUCAGCCUUCUCCGGGCAGUUCUUCAUGGACAUGUCGACCUCGCCUGAGCAGGUGAGCUUUGGAGCGGUUGUCACUUUGAUGAAUGGCAACGCAACUUUUCCCGACGUUCCAUCCGCAACACCUACGGUCGGCGAGUACGCUCAGCUCAACACAGAGGGGACAGAGGAGCCACUGCAGCCUGAUUUCUCCAUCCAGGCGCCAUUGUUUGAGUCGAUCGCUCGGGUCAUCCGGCGGGGGCUGGCGGAGAACGUUGGCAACGACGGUUUUCUGGGGAUGAAUCCCACUCCAAGGAACAUCUACUACGCCGCAUACUUUGUACCAAUUUCCAACCUGUCUGCGGCCCUCGACGUUAUGAGGUCGGAUGCUGUCGCGCGCUCGGCGGCGGCGGCAUCUACGCCCACCUUCACCUGGUCUUUCCCCUUCGAGAUGCGCUUCGUGCGUGUGACUGACGACGCCACUCUGACCAUCGUGCCCCCCGGCACAUACGGAGUCGUCGAGUUCCUCUCGCCGAGCACCCUUGGUGCGGACCCAGCCGACAAUCAGGACAUGAUGAAGGCCUUCUACGCCAUGGAGAAGGCUCUGAUGCCGUUGGGAGCCGUGCCGCACGUUGCGAAGGAGUGGGGCUUCGAGGCCGACGACAGCGAGUACGUGACAGCGUUCGCUGCCGCGUCGGUGUGUAACAUUUACACCGACGCUACGAAGCAGGCGUUCAACUCAUACCGACUGCAACUGGACCCCCAAGGCAGGUUUGCGGGAGGGGGCGCCAUGGGCCUGCUUGCGCCGUGUGGCGUGAGCGAUUAG